CCCAGGCUGCCAAAGUGGAACGUGCAAGCUUAACCGCUGUGCCACCGGGCCAGCCCCCCAAUCGCUGUUUCUUGAUGGUCUCUAUGGACUUGGUGCAGGAGAGGGGAUGGUUUUGCUCAUUAUGUUACCUCCUUACUCUUCCACCUCCUCACCCCUCCUCCCGAUAGUUCAAUCACUAUUUUUAUUGCCUCUGUUGCUUACUUUUGAACCUUGAAAUGCUUAUUCUUGAUUUUAUACCUUAAAUUAAACUAGCACUUUGAAGAAGAAAAUAAUUGCAGUUCUUGGAUGCAGUAGAUUAUCCUUUAUGUAAAAUAACUACACAAACCAUACAUUUCAGGGAUGGGGAUCAGGCAUGAUCAGUUACUUUGUCAGUGUGUGUGUGUGUGUGUGUGGGUGUGUGUGUGUGUUUGUGUGUUAACUGAUAUGACUCACUUUCAUUUCAGUUGUAUAUAUAUUACAAAUCAGCUAAAUUAGACCUCUGAUGUUAAAAAUGUAAUUUUUGUUAAUAUAAUGAAGGAAAUUACAGGAGACUUGAAAAAAUCUGUAAGCGUUUGUUUUGCUUCUUUGCUUUGCACGGGUUCAGUAAAGCGGAACAAGAAGGAAAUUUCCUCUUUCCAGUGAGAACAUGAACUUUAAACCUUGAGGCACAUCACAAAAAUUAGCUAGCGAUGAAGAUUUUACAACUAAAGACUCCUUAUAGUAUUGACAGUUAAUCGAGUUAAAACAUUCUUAGCCAAGUUAAAAAAAACUUUCAGAGUCAUGUUUAUGAACACAAGCAUACUUCCUCUGGACUUACGUAAACAAUCUUCUUUGAGAUGUUAGAAGUGGCUUCUGAUUGCGGUUUUCCUCUAGGAUGAGGAGCUGCAGGUGCAGACAGGAUGGUUUGAUAGUUUACCUUCUCGGAGGCUUCUUGGGAGCCUGUCUGAUCUGACUUCACCACCUGGUGUCCAGUUUGCAGAUCCGACUUCUCCGUGGACUCUGCAAACUAGAAGGUCUUCACCAAGCAGAGGGUCCUUUCUGUGCUGAAGGAUAGUGUUGACUCUCAAAGGCUUGAUGGCUUCACUUAAGAUGGUUUUGAAAAGACUUCUUAAUACAGGAGCAGACCCUUCAUACAGCAACCACAGUCUUGAGAAAUUUGUUUAGAUAAAUCUCAUCACAACAAAAAAGUAUGAUCUUAAUGAGGCCCAAACAACCAUUUGUCUUUCUUGGUGUAUUUAUCCAGUCAAGAUGGAUAAAGUGGGAAUUCACUGAAACAGCAAUAGCUUCAUAGUUCAUACCAGGAAACUCAUUUGUUUUAUCACAAAAUGCAGCAAUUUCUGUACCUCAUACAAAACUGAGAUCCAAAGCCUAGAAGAAAAUCAGCAAGUAUUUCCUUUAAAUUUGUCAAGGCUUUGAUCAAACAGCUGCAUCUUUAAAAUAGGAAGAUGACAGUAGGAACAUAGCAUCAGAACUGGUGCUGAAGGAGAGUUUUGAAUGACCAGAACAAGAAGACAUUAUGUUUGCUGAGCUGUUUCUUCCAGAAGCUGAAAGGCCCGGGGGAAGGUGCUCACAUGUUGGGCAAAUAAGGGCUGAGUUAACCUCCCCACAGUGGUUACCAAAUUCCUAUUUGAUAACUUUUAAUACUAUUUGUAAAUUUCUAUUCCUUGUUUCAUCAACUUUCAACAGUACCUCUUGAUUCUCUACUUUCUACCCUUCCUCCCCCACCACGUUUACUGUGAAAUUUGUGUGAUUGAAACUGUACAUUCUGAAAUUUAAAUAGUCACCUGUGCUUUAUAUAUGGGUUGAUUUUUGAAAGACAAAAGCUGAAAGUAGGUUUUAUUGCGGCAUACAGGGGUAUACUGUGAUUAGAUUUCUUUCUCUGUGCAGACAGCUCUGAUGGUAUAGGACGGGUGUUGACUGCAGCAGUUUCAUAGGGUGCGUUGUCUUGGUUGUAUUCUAUGCAGCUCUGCAUGCUAAUUACUCAACAAAGAAGGCUUUGUUCAAUUGGAUUUCUUCAACAAGGUACACAGUGUACAUACUACAACCAGUAGUGUUGUUAGCCAGCUGAAUUCAAACACAGCUGCAGCCCUGACACUGUAUCAUCUGAGCAGACGACAAGAAGACCACAGACGAAGCCAGGACAGCAUGCAUAGCUGGACAUCAGCUGCCACACUUAGCCUCCAUAACUCUGGAGCUAGGGGCCUCAAAAAUGAGAACUGUAUUACUUUACUGUUCUUUUUGGCCACGAAGGUCAGAAACCACUGGAGCUGCGCUGUGAGGAGGAGCAGGACGGUAAAGAGUGGAUGGAGGCCAUUCACCAAGCCAGUUAUGCAGACAUAUUGAUUGAGAGGGAAGUGUUAAUGCAGAAGUACAUUCAUCUAGUUCAGAUCGUAGAGACAGAAAAAGUUGCAGCUAACCAACUCCGGCACCAACUUGAAGAUCAAGAUACAGAAAUCGAAAGGCUUAAAUCAGAGAUUAUCGCUCUUAAUAAAACCAAGGAACGGAUGAGACCUUACCAAAGCAAUCAAGAAGAUGAGGAUCCAGACAUCAAGAAGAUUAAAAAGGUUCAGAGCUUCAUGCGAGGAUGGUUGUGUAGAAGGAAGUGGAAGACCAUCGUGCAGGAUUACAUUUGUUCUCCUCAUGCUGAAAGUAUGAGGAAGAGAAACCAGAUUGUAUUCACCAUGGUUGAGGCCGAGUCAGAGUACGUCCACCAGCUGUACAUCCUGGUAAAUGGCUUCCUCCGGCCCCUGCGGAUGGCGGCCAGCUCCAAGAAGCCCCCCAUCAGCCACGACGACGUCAGCAGUAUUUUUCUCAACAGUGAAACAAUCAUGUUUCUUCAUGAAAUAUUUCAUCAAGGACUGAAAGCAAGGAUAGCAAACUGGCCUACUUUAAUUUUAGCUGAUCUGUUUGAUAUUUUGCUCCCCAUGCUGAACAUUUAUCAAGAAUUUGUGCGCAAUCACCAGUACAGCCUCCAAGUGCUUGCCAAUUGUAAGCAAAAUAGAGAUUUUGACAAACUCUUAAAACAGUAUGAAGCCAACCCUGCCUGUGAGGGGAGGAUGCUGGAAACGUUCUUGACCUAUCCAAUGUUUCAGAUCCCCAGGUAUAUCAUCACACUUCAUGAACUCCUCGCUCAUACGCCCCAUGAGCAUGUGGAGAGGAAAAGUCUGGAAUUUGCUAAAUCAAAAUUAGAAGAACUGUCCAGGGUAAUGCACGAUGAAGUAAGCGACACUGAAAACAUAAGGAAGAACCUUGCCAUAGAAAGAAUGAUCGUUGAGGGCUGUGAUAUUUUGCUGGACACCAGCCAAACUUUCAUCCGCCAAGGUUCUCUUAUUCAAGUACCUUCCGUUGAGAGGGGGAAACUUAGUAAAGUUCGCCUGGGUUCAUUGUCUUUGAAAAAGGAAGGAGAAAGACAAUGCUUCUUAUUUACAAAACACUUUUUAAUUUGUACAAGAAGUUCAGGAGGAAAGCUGCAUCUGCUCAAGACAGGUGGGGUUCUGUCUCUAAUAGAAUGUACGUUGAUUGAGGAGCCCGAUGCCGGUGACGAUGAUUCCAAAGGUUCUGGGCAAAUGUUUGGACACCUGGAUUUUAAAAUCGUGGUGGAGCCCCCUGAUGCUGCCCCCUUCACGGUGGUCUUGUUAGCACCUUCACGCCAGGAGAAAGCUGCCUGGAUGAGCGACAUAAGUCAGUGUGUGGACAAUAUACGGUGUAAUGGUUUAAUGACUAUAGUGUUUGAAGAGAAUUCCAAAGUUACUGUGCCACAUAUGAUUAAGUCUGAUGCCCGUCUUCAUAAGGAUGACACUGACAUUUGCUUCAGUAAAACACUCAACUCCUGCAAAGUGCCCCAGAUCCGUUAUGCCAGCGUGGAGCGCCUCUUGGAGCGGCUGACAGACUUACGGUUUCUUAGUAUCGAUUUCCUCAACACCUUCCUGCACACCUAUCGGAUUUUCACCACAGCAGCUGUGGUGCUGGCGAAGCUUUCUGACAUCUACAAGAGGCCUUUUACCUCCAUCCCCGUCAGGUCAUUGGAAUUGUUUUUUGCUACCAGCCAGAACAACAGAGGCGAACAUUUGGUGGAUGGCAAAUCCCCACGCCUGUGUCGCAAAUUCUCUUCCCCACCACCACUGGCUGUGUCCAGAACGUCCUCCCCCGUGAGGGCCAGAAAGCUGUCCUUGACUUCUCCCUUGAACUCAAGGAUAGGCGCAUUGGACCUGACCACCUCCUCUGCGUCCAGCAGUCCUACCACCACCCAAAGCCCUGCUGCGUCCCCUCCACCACACACUGGUAAAGUACCAUUGGAUCUUAGCAGAGGCCUUUCUUCUCCAGAACAAAGCCCAGGAUCUGUAGAAGAGCAUGUAGAUAACCCCCGCGUGGACCUGUGUAACAAGCUAAAGCGGAGUAUUCAAAGAGCAGCAGUCCUAGAGUCUGCACCAGGGGACCGAGCAGGAGUGGAAGGCUCCCCAGCAGUGGACGCCGCAGAGCUUUCACCUAGCAGGUCACCCUCGACUCCUCGACACCUCCGCUAUCGCCAGCCUGGAGGACAGACGACUGACAACUCCCACUGCUCUGUUUCGCCUGCUUCUGCUUUUGCAAUCGCCACGGCUGCAGCAGGACACGGGAGUCCACCGGUACUGGACACACUGGGUUUUUCCAUAGUCAGAAGGAUCUUGAGAAGUAACGCUAAAUCUAUGGAACAAAGAGGAUUUAACAACACCGAGAGAACAUGCGACAAAGAGUUUAUUAUACGUAGAACAGCCACCAAUCGAGUACUGAAUGUCCUCCGUCACUGGGUCUCAAAGCACGCACAGGAUUUUGAACUCAACAAUGAACUAAAGAUGAACGUCUUAAAUUUGCUAGAAGAAGUUUUGCGAGAUCCAGACCUUCUUCCGCAAGAAAGGAAAGCCACGGCAAAUAUCCUGAGGGCCCUUUCACAAGAUGAUCAAGAUGACAUCCACCUAAAAUUAGAGGACAUAAUUCAACUGACGGACUGUCCGAAGGCCGAGUGCUUUGAGACCUUGUCAGCCAUGGAGCUGGCGGAGCAGAUCACCCUCCUGGACCACAUCGUCUUCAGAAGUAUUCCCUACGAAGAAUUUCUUGGGCAGGGGUGGAUGAAGCUGGAUAAAAAUGAAAGAACACCUUACAUUAUGAAAACCAGCCAACACUUCAAUGAUAUGAGUAACCUGGUGGCCUCCCAGAUAAUGAAUUAUGCCGACAUCAGCUCCCGGGCCAACGCCAUUGAGAAGUGGGUGGCGGUGGCGGACAUCUGCCGAUGCCUGCACAACUACAAUGGCGUGCUGGAGAUCACCUCGGCCUUAAACAGAAGUGCCAUCUACAGGCUGAAGAAAACCUGGGCCAAGGUGUCCAAGCAGACGAAAGCUCUAAUGGACAAACUUCAGAAGACUGUUUCAUCUGAAGGAAGAUUUAAAAAUCUCAGAGAAACCCUUAAAAAUUGUAACCCCCCUGCUGUUCCUUAUCUGGGGAUGUACCUGACAGACCUGGCAUUUAUCGAAGAAGGAACACCAAACUUUACUGAGGAAGGCCUUGUCAAUUUCUCCAAAAUGAGAAUGAUAUCACACAUCAUCAGAGAGAUCCGCCAGUUCCAGCAGACUUCCUAUCGAAUAGACCAUCAGCCAAAGGUCACUCAGUACUUGCUUGACAAAGCCCUCAUCAUAGAUGAAGAUACGCUGUAUGAGCUGUCGCUAAAAAUUGAACCUCGGCUCCCUGCUUGAAGAUCCAGCCUUGUCCCUGGGUCUGUGGAAUGUUCAUGGAAAGCAGGAUGGACAGAACUGUGCAUGUCAUGCCUCCCACGGUGCAGCAAGGACCGGGGAUGGGGACGAAGCCAGUCUGCUUUGUCCACGGAAGAAGACAGAACCGAACUGGAAUUCUGUUGUCUCCAGCCAGGGAAGGCCAGCUGUUUGGGGUCAAAGAGAGCUGCCUCAGACUUGGGUGGAAAGGUAGAAAGAGAGAUAUUUGGUAAAGCUGAUGGCACAUUUUGUAUAAGGGAAUGUAAGAUGGGAGAUGCUGGUAGCCGUUUUAAUGAAGUAGGUAAGAAGGUAAAUUUCAAACCUGCCCCGUGUUCUGUUAGAACUUGGGGACAAGGAUCCAUGGAAAAGACCUAUAAUGUUUCCCUGGCACUUUACUGGCCUGGCUACACCCACCAAUCUUCUCCUAGGAUUUAACUGCUUCCGUUACAUUUCCUUUGUUACAAGCUUCCAGAAAAGCCAAGGCUUCCUUUGUAGGGAUGGACUGACACAUAAGCAAUUUCAGUCUACAGCAUGUGCAUGGUUUUCAGUGCAUCAUAAACAUUUAUAUUGGAGGAAAAGCAUGUUCUCAAACUGCUUUCUCAGUCUUUAGGCAACAGGACAGGAGGGACAGGAUGAAAGACAAGUGGAUUUGUAUGUAACAUUUCCUUAAUUAACAACGUGGUAGGCUGUGUCCCAGGAGAUUCCAGCUAGUGGCCGUCUUGAGGUGGCUGUGGGGGCUUCUUCCUGAGGCUAUGGUGCCCAAGAAGCCAAUACCUUUGGAGAGGCGGGUGCAGAGUUUGCAAAAUGGUGCCUCCGCGCCUCACUGACGAAACUGUGGGCUGAGACAGAAGGCCACAGAGUGCUGUGGGAGGAGCGGGUUUCGACGCGAAUUGAAAAGAUACCCCCCUCAUAGUAAUGUGGGAAUCUGUUCUGAUUGACACAAACCAUUCUUAGGCUCACUAUGAACAUUGGUUGUGUUUUUGAAAAAAUUGUUCAGUGGGGUUGUCUUUUUAAAACCCACACUUAUGUGUGCUGUUGGUAGACAGUUCUUCCCCAGUCCCCUUUGUUUGUAAAUUUUGAGAUAUUUCUGAGUGAAAAUAUUGUCGGUGUAUGGGAAUUGGGCCCAGCCACUCAGCAGCUUUGUAUCAGAAAACCUAACGCAGGAGUUGGUCCUGCUGCCCUAGGCUGGCGAGUGACCUCAUGUUUCCCAGGGUUGUUGGUUGUCGAAGAAAUAGGGCUAUCUCAUGUUUACCUCCCUCUUCUCUUCUCAGGGAGACCUCUGCUUUAAAAGAAGGAAGAGAAAAAUCUAGUUAUUGUUACCUGAGCCUCUUGCACCUGAUGUUUUCUCUUAGAGGCAUGAAGCGUGUUGAUGCUGCCAAUGAAAAAACUGAUCUGUCUGGCUGUUUUCCCUUUUUCUUUGCACUUUAAUUAUGUGGUUAGAACUAACAGCUGACUAAUAAAUUCAACUUGCUGGCUCAUAAGAUGCAGUGGAACAUACCAUAGAGGUGGAGAAUGUACAUUUUUCCUGCAUGGUAAAGGCCAUCUCUGUACAUAACUAUAUAGUGAAAUAUCAAGUAAGUUAAAGAAAAUAUAAUAUUUGAAGGCCAUUCCAAAACUUUCCAAUAGCUCAUAUUAGCAACAGUGUAGCACUAAACCCCAAGAGGGUUACUUACGGAUGCUUUAUUUUUCUUUUUUAAAAAAAAAGUUGCUUGUUUGUUCUCUUUAGUUUCAAAUGAGAGAUUGAUGCAUCUUGAUGCAUGAUAAGAAGCAUGGGUUGUUUGGAUCCUAACAAUGCAUAACUUGCAGUUUAUUUCUCAGUGUUCAGAAACGGAGGGUUUGAACUAAUGUAUGUCCAUUGCAUCAAACACCUCAAGGUCUCGCAGAAGUAAAGAAAGGAAAAGUUAGCUUUCUUGGCUCAAAAACAGUCUUGGAAGGUGAACUAAAACCAGGUCAGAUCAGUGAAGGGCCACAGGUAGUUUCAGGCAAAGCAGCACGUGGACAGGUCAACGCCAUCAGCUCUGCCUGGGAGUGUCCAAGGUCUUCCAGCGGGGAGAGGGUGGGUCUGAGUGCACUUUCCCUGGAAGUUGGGACUCUUAUUUCUCUGACCCAAAUGUUUCAGAGGCACUGCAGCCAUUCUUAUUAAAGAAUAGAAGGUAGAGGAAUUUCCAAAUACUCCUCCCCUUUUGGAAGUGCAGGUUUUCUUCAACUAGUGACAAAGCUUUCACACCUUUUUCCUGCAGAGUGUUGGGAGCGCCCCCCCAGUGGCCAGGUUUGGGCACUGUCAAUUGUUAAUGCUGACCUUCAGCGUUUAUGAGUUAUGCCGUCCUCCUGCUUUCUAGAAUCUGAGCCCUGGCUGGAGCCGCAGGAGAAAGAACUCCAUCUCCAAGGGAGCUCCUUUUGAUGACUUGCACCACUUCUGGCCAGCUGGAGUAGGAAUGCACAUUUUUUAAAAACCUCAAUUGGGUCAUAUUUAAAAUCCCUAAGAGCAAUUUGUGGUGUUUCUUCUGAUUGAUAAAGCACCCUCCUCUUCUGCCUGUCAAGCUCUGAGUGUAUUGUUGGAGCGUGUGCUCCCAGCCGGGUAUGCCUGCAUUCCAUUAUAGGAGACCUAUUUGUAAGAGCAGAUGGGAUGUCAGCCUUCAACAGCCAAGUAGCAAACAGUUAUAUUAUUGCAAAAUUAACCUAGAAAAUCAGAAGUAAAAUCCAAUUUCAUGCUUUCAGAUGAAUACCCACAUUUUGUGCUGUCAAUGAGAUUAUCUUAGGGCUUUUAGAGGAUGCGUUUGGUUAUUAACUAAGACAUCCAGUUUUGCUACAGGAACAAAUCUCUUACUUAAGCCAAUAUAUUAUGUGACAGAUUCAGGCAUGAAGUUGAAUGUUGUCACUUUUCCUUAGUGUUUCUCUGAAAGAAUUUAAAGUGGGAAUUUUAAACUCCUGUUGCAAUAUCUUCAAGUGGCUCUCACACAAAGUCCCCAUUACUGUUUGUUAAAUUUCAAUACAUCUUAAAGUACUACUUAAAAACAAAUGAAACUCCUAGAUACUGAAUAAUCUGGAAGAGAACCACCCAUCAUGUUCCAGUUUGAAGUGUGUGUGUGAUGGACCAGCACGUCCUCGUCUCUCACAGUAUUUUGUGGGGCAAAACCUUGGGCUGCCAUUGACUGGGAUUUUAUUUAACUUUUCUUUUCAAAGUUUGAUUUUAUUCCCCCUGAAAAAAAAUCUUUCUCUUCACUUUAAAAAAGUGUAGGAUUUUUUGAAUCCAACGUGUAAAGUUUAUCAUUUUUACUACUAUUGAAAUGGGAUAAAAGGUGACAUAUAAUUUAUGGCUAAAGAAUGGAGCCAGGCUAAUGUCCACAGCCAAAAGAAUAAAUGAAUAUAAUUUAUUUUCAUUUCACUAAGACAACAGAUGGUAAGUUUAAAUAAUGACUGGAUUACGGAUACCACCAUGUCAAUCCUGGUAAUAAGACUUGAGUCAAUGAAAUCUAAUCAGAGUGUCAUUUCUCUGUGCCUAUUAGGGACUUAAAAUUAAGGCAGAGCAGAGCUAAACUAGAAAACAACCAUUUUGUUGUAGGUAUACACACGUGAAUAAUUCAGAAAAGUAUUCAUCUUGGCUGCCACACAGCAUGACAUUAACAUUAUUGUUGCUUGUACUUGAUCUCAUCUCCUUAAGAAAAAUAAAAGUUUCUAUUAAUGAUGUUGAACCACUGUUUUUACACCACCCAUUUCAUUUUCCCCAGAAAGGCAGUUGUGAAAGAACACUGGACUAGGCGUCCUGGCCCUUGAGUCCUGGGCCCAGAUCUACAUCCAUCUACAAGCUGGGAAACCUUAGGCCAGUGCUGAAACCUCUCUGAGCCUGUUUCCUCAUCUGCAAAAUGGAGUUAAUAUUAAUUCCUGUGCUGCCUACCUCACAGGACUGUCAUGAGGACAAAAUGGGUUCAGCAACAAACUGUAAAGUGCUGUCCAAAUGUGAGGUAACAUGACUACCAUCUCAUGUCUCUUUUGCAGAGGAUUUAAAUGUAUUUCUUUGUUAUUUGUGUGCGUGUGUAAUGGACAAACUCAUGUGUUCCUUUGAGAAGCAUGUUGUUUGUGUCCAGUUACUUUGCGAACCGGCUGACAUUUGUGAAUCCAACAGAGGGGUUUGUGCUGUGGCCUAACAUUUGCUGGGUGAGGUGUGGGUUAUGCCUAUAUGCAAAUUAAACUUCGCCUUUCUUGAAUUCUCAA